GUAUACAUAUCUAUGUCCGGACAGGUAUUCAAAUCAGCAACACGAGCGCUCCGGCUGGCGCACUGACGACUUACUUGGAUGGUUGGCUGCUCGGCUGGUGGCUGGGAUGUUGGUUAGUUGAUAGCUUCAUGGUGUUGGUGUGGCUGGUGUAAAUGUGUCAACUGAAAUUGUGUUGUUAUUGUUGUAGAAGAGUUAUUGAACACCACACAUUUGUAUGUACAUAUAUGUGCGCACAUAUGUACAAGCGCGCGAUUGCCAGCGCUACAACAACAAUAGUAGCAAUGUUAAUUCGUAUUUAUUUUAAUAUUUUCCUUUAAAAGCACACACUAAACAGAUCAGUAGAUCAGUUUAAUUCAGACCAGAAUUUAACUAACAACUGUCGAAGUAAAAGCGCAACAGAUUUCUUCUUUGCAAAUAAUCAGUGAUAAACGGUUGAAUGCAAUAUUGCAGCGAGACACAAAAGGAGAUCCUCAAAUCUCUGUAUUUAUAUAAUCGAAUUGCCAGUUUACUUUGUGGACUUUGUGUGGCGAAGGACUUUAAUCGUCGUCAAAUUUAAUGUGAAGUGUUGUUGUUGUGAAAUGUUAAAUUAGAAUAUAAAAUUAAAGCGUUGAAAGGCUUUAAAAAUAUUUAUCUAUAAGUGUGUCUAAAAUUUAAAAACUGCUGUUUUGAACAUUUGUACUGUGAAGUCAGUGUAUUUAAAAAAAAAAAAUUGUUUUGCAUGUAAAACUAAUACUCGAAUAAGAAAACUAUUGUAUAUAACAUUUGUUGUGUGAUAAUGCCGGCAAGCGAUUCGGAGCGUAAUAUUUCGACCAGCAACACCGAAAAUAUCAACUUAACAAAAGACCCACAACACAGCAAUGACGAUCAGAAGCUGAAUCAAAAUGUACGCCAAGAAUGGAAUAUCAAAGCUUCGAAAAUAUCCGCAAGAACACACAACCGCAUACGUGGUAUUGUGGAGUCCUUGAAAAUCAAACCGAAUCCUGACAAGCCAAUGAUACCGUUAUCUAUCGGUGAUCCAACGACGUUCGGCAACCUACGUGCCUCCGACGAAACUAUGCUGGCUGUACAGAGAUGCAUCGAAAGCGGCAAAUAUAAUGGCUACGCCCACUCACAGGGUCACGAGGAGGCACGACGCGCCAUCGCCAAAUAUAGUGCACAUCAGAGCGCCGAAGAGAUAAAAACAGAGAACAUACUAAUGUGUAGCGGUUGCUCGGCUGCGCUGGAGUAUUGCAUACUGGCACUUUGUGACAGGGGACAAAAUUUGCUCGUACCACGCCCUGGUUUCUGUUUAUAUCAAACGCUAGCCGAAGGUUUGGAUAUCGAAAUACGUUAUUACGAUUUGUUGCCGGAGCGUCAAUGGGAGGCUGAUCUGCGUCAGUUGGAGAGUUUGAUUGAUGAAAAAACAGCAGCGUUGCUAAUCAAUAAUCCAAGUAAUCCGUGUGGCAGUGUAUUUAGUCAGAAGCAUCUGGAGGGCUUUUUGGAUAUUUGUGAGCGCAAUUAUUUGCCCAUAAUAGCGGAUGAGAUCUAUGAGCACUUGGUAUUCCCAGGCUCUAAGUUUUUAGCCAUUAGCAGUCUGUCUAAAAAUGUGCCGAUACUCACAUGCAGUGGUACUACAAAACGUUUUUUGGUGCCUGGUUGGCGUAUGGGUUGGAUAAUUGUGCACGAUCGCGAAAACCGUUUGGCUCAAGCUGUGAUUGGCUUGAAGAACAUGUGCGGCCGCAUUUUGGGCUCCAAUAGCAUAGUGCAGGGCGCACUGCCCGCUAUGUUGGAGAAUACACCAAAAAGUUUCUUCGAUAGUGUGAUCAAUAUAAUCUCGGCAAAUGCACGUUUGGCUUAUCGCAUCUUGAGGAAGGUACGCGGGCUUAAUCCUAUUAUGCCGGACGGCGCUAUGUACAUGAUGGUUGGCAUCGAUAUCGAACAUUUUCCAGCCUUCAAGUCCGACACGCAAUUCGUGCAAGAAUUGGUGAAUGAGCAGAGUGUCUUUUGUUUGCCGGGUGCUUGCUUUGAGUGCCCGAAUUUUAUGCGCAUAAUUUUGACAGUUCCUGGUGACAUGAUGAAAGAGGCAUGCAUGCGUACGGCAGAAUUUUGUGAGGCGCAUUAUAAGAGUGAUGAGGCAAUUAUUGAGCAUGGACUCUUAGACUGAAGUUGGAACUAUGGCUUGGAAAAACGAUUGCCUAAGCUGGGAAGGGCUAUUGAAAAGUGCUGGGCAUAAAGCUCGAUGAUAUAUUUAGUGAAACCGCUGUGAAAAAUAAAUAAAAUUGCAUUUGUACUAGUUUUUUUUUUAGUUAUUCACACAAGUAGUCAAAGUCAAAUAUGUAUAUGACCUUAAUAGUUUCAAAUAAGUAGUUAAUAGGUCUUUCUGUUAAGUUAAUAUAAUUAUAUGUUAUUUUUGCAAUACUAUUGUUACGACAUACAUAGAAUUAGUUUUGAAUAAAUAAAUGAUAUUAAUUACCAAA